UUUGGUAGACAUAGAAUUAUUAUCGAUAUUCUAUGAUCAUAAAUUUUCACUACUUGUCAUACGUCUUCUGUCUCCUUCAAAUUCUUUGCUGCUUGCACUUGGAUUCAAGAAAGGAAUCAUGGGUCGUGUAAUUCGUGCCCAGCGUAAAGGUGCGGGGUCAGUUUUCAAAUCCCACACGAAGAAGAGGAAAGGAGCACCCAAGCUCCGUAACCUCGAUUUUGCCGAAAGACAUGGUUUCAUCAAGGGUGUUGUUAAAGAUAUCAUCCACGAUCCAGGAAGAGGAGCCCCUCUGGCAGUUGUAAAUUUCAGAGAUCCUUACAAAUUCCAAACGCGUAAGGAACUUUUCAUUGCUCCUGAGGGAAUGUACACUGGUCAAUCAGUGUAUUGUGGAAAGAAAGCACAACUUCAGAUUGGAAAUGUUAUGCCAGUUGGUUCUAUGCCAGAAGGUACAAUCAUCUGUAAUUUGGAAGAAAAGACUGGUGACAGGGGCCGAUUAGCUAGGGCUUCUGGAAAUUAUGCUACUGUUGUAGCCCAUAACAAUGACACCAAGAAAACUAGGGUCAAGUUGCCCUCUGGUGCUAAAAAGGUUAUACCAUCUAACAACAGAGCUAUGGUUGGUAUCGUUGCUGGUGGUGGUAGGAUAGACAAACCUAUCCUUAAGGCUGGUCGUGCCUACCACAAAUAUAAGGUUAAGCGUAACUGCUGGCCUAAGGUUCGUGGUGUUGCUAUGAACCCAGUUGAGCAUCCCCAUGGUGGUGGUAACCAUCAACACAUUGGUAAAGCUUCCACAGUUAAGAGAGGAACAUCUGCUGGUCGUAAAGUUGGUCUCAUUGCUGCCAGGAGGACUGGUAGGAUUCGUGGUGGUAAAGGAGAUACUAAGAAGGAUGAUUAGAUGUGUUAAGAAGUAUUUUUGGCAGCAGUUAUCUUUAUAUUUCAUUUGUAAUGUAUAUUUUUUCUGACUUCAGUGAAAUAUAGAGUAUACUGUUAUA